AUGUCAAAACUCGUCAAAAAAGAGGAAUUGGGAAAAGUAUUCAGUUUGUUAUCAACACUGGAAUCCGUGUCCCCAUUACUGGCAUCCCUGGUCUUUACGUUCAUAUUUGAGUGGAGUUUAGACUUCUUUCCCGGUCUUACGUAUGAAGUAAGCGCUGCCCUAAUGAUUGUGCCGUUGAUUGCUAUGACGGCUGAUGGAGGGCUACUGGGAUGGGGUCAUAACAAUAAGGGUCAGUUAGGCCGGGGUGAUACAAAUUAUGGAGUUUUCCUUAAGCCCUUGGAAAUAGAUUUUGGUGAACACGAAGAGAUCGUACAAAUAAGUUGUGGCAAAAACCACGCCCUGGCCCUCACAUCAAGUGGAAAGGUGUACGGAUGGGGUGACAACAGCUCAGGUCAGAUAGGUGUCGGCAAAUUCACUGAUCAUAUCUCUACACCAAUAAAAGUGGGAUCAAAAUAUGGCAUUAAGAAUAAAAUCAGAUUUGUAUUCGCUGGCUAUGAGACCUCCUUUGCGAUCACCAUUGAUGGACAGGUAUACAGUUGGGGCCGCAAUGAGUUCGAGGAAUCGGUCCGUUAUCAAGGCUUUCAGGAAUUCCAGACUAUGACAAAACUCGAGAGUAAUUCAAUUGUCCGAUAUAAGAGGGCCUGGAUUGAGGACAACCAGUUUGUUUACAUUCAGAUGCAAUUCUGUGACAGUAACUUGAAGAAUAUUCUGCAGAUCAGAAACAAUGCAUUUAAUAGGCAUUCAUCCGACACUCUCAUUGGUUUCACCGAAUUCUACUUAUUAUGCGAAAUGUUUAUUGAGAUAAACAAUGGAUUACUUUAUUUGCAUUCAUUGGAUCCGCCAAUAAUUCACAGGGAUUUGAAGCCCGAGAAUAUUCUAGUGGUUGAGCAGGAUAAAAAUGGAUAUUUUGUGAAAAUAUCUGAUUUUGGUUUAUCUGUAUUUCAUUCACUCGACUCACAGACUCACUCGAGAGACGCCGGCACUGAGAAAUAUAUGGCACCGGAGGUUAAGUUCAGCAAUGAAUAUGACAUGAAAUGUGAUGUUUUUAGCUUCGGAUUGAUAGCCUGUGAGAUGUUUUGCAUUGAUUUCUAUUCGUAA